CAACCACAUGGAGUAUUUUGUGAAGAUAAAAAGCCUGGACAAAAGCUGCCAACCUUUCCAGACUAUGUGAAAUUUGGGGCAGAAAGCGAGAUUGAAGCUCCAGACAGAGUGAAACAACAACUAAAGAUUAAAAUUGGCGCAGAAAGCGAGAUUGAAGCUCCAGGCAGAGUGAAACAACAACUAAAGGUCUGGUAUGAUAAGAACCACCAAGUUCUUAGAACUGAUGUAAUUUCUAUGGCAACAUCUGGACCAGUAAUCCCUGAUUACGUUACUUACUUGAAGGAUUACAAAGCAGGUAUUAGCUACGUGAUUAAUAAGAUAACUGGAACUUGUACAAUAAACGCCAUGAAGGAAACUCCAGCACCUUCUGUAUCUGAGAUAGUGUGGGGAAUGGAUCUGAGCAGUAGCCAAGUGCAGUUCAUUGGAGAGAGACCGUGUAGAGGGCAGCAGUGUCUUGUCUGGACAGCAAUGACUAAAUUAAAUGAAAAUACACAAGAGGUUUCAGACAUAUAUAUAUUGAAGGACACAGUGGUGGAGAACGAUGCUGUUAGAGUUUCAUCUAUUCCAGUUGGUGUUAGAGUAUACAUUGCUAGAAACAAUCAG